AUGCGGGCGAACAUACUGUCUUUGGGUUCAGGCACCACUUCCACACCUUGCCUCGACAGCGCAAAAACACAAGUCUCCGAUGAGAGUGGGUCGAGGGUUAAGGUGUGGCCAGAGUUCGCGGCAUGCGCCCCAUGGCGAGCACCGACGUCCGCAGCGGCAGACGGCGGUCGUCGUCGCUCUGCCGCUGCAAAACCUUCAGGGGCUGUGGCGGCCGAGGCAGCCCGAGACGCCCUGUCCAUGUGGUGGGAAGAAGUAAAGAGCCUCGUAGAAACCACAGCUUACGGCGUUCGUGGCGCUGCGAACGACGUGAUUGACAGCGAUAUCGUUGAGGAGGCCUCCGACUUUGCAUCCGGCAUGUAUGACGAGCUCGAGGAUGGGAUAGCAAAAGGGGCAAAAGCGUCACAGGACCGAAUCGCCGAGAUGAGACAGGAAGCCAGAGAGCUCCUCGCCAAGCUGGAAGCAGCGGAUCUCUCGUCCAUAGGUUCCUCGAUCACAGCGGGACCGUUGAGAGAGCUCGAAGAGCUUUACGCAUUGUUGGUGGACGUGGAGGAGGAGCCAUCAGCCACCGAAACGGAAAUCAACACAGAUCGAACGGAAGACGCAAGCUCCUAG